AUGCUCUAUCUCUAUCAAUUGACACUUUGCUUACUUACUUUUGUUUUCAUUCUGUUUCAGAAAAAGGCGGUGGAUCGGAAACGACCCAAUCCUGACUCUCCAAAUCUGACGGGGACGACAGACGCGAUCAACAGGAACCUUGCUAGUUCCAGCAGCGGCGUCAGAGGGGAUGCUUCGCCGGCUAAGAAGCCAUGUGUGGACAACAAGCAAUUACCAGUGCAGGUGCCCACCCCAAGCCAGUACAUCCAGCAACAAGAUCCCAACAGGAUGGGUGCCAAUCACCAGGUACAGCCUACUGACAAUGGCGUCACCAACCAGAUGGUUGAGGGAGCUUCUGUAGCGGAUAGCAUCGAGGGUGUCCAAGCACUAGACUUGCUCAACGAUAUCGGCAACACGGAUGAUUUCAUGCGUUUGUUGGACGAUCCCAAUGGAACGCAGUUGGAUGAGAUGAUGAAAUCCGGUCAGUUCAACCCAGACACUAUUCUAUCUGAACUGGCUAGGCUCGAGAACAAUUUGAGUAAGCAACUCGGAGAAAUGCCAGACAUAGCCACAAACUCACCACGGAGUCAGGAUCCAAAUAAGCAGAGUGAAAUGAAACCCGACACUGGUUCCAAUAGUGCCGAAUCUGGAGUGGUUCUCAAAUCUGAGAAUUCAGACUCUUAUGACCCCAUGAUGAGGGGGCCUCCAAAUACUGUUGCUACUGAAGCAGUGCCAAAAGGUGGACCAUUGCCUAGUAUAAUUGAAUUUAAACCCAAUACAGGAAAGAAUGUAAUGAUCAAACAAGAACCGCAGCAAAUCAGUGCUUCACAGGCUGCACGGGCCGCUUUUAAUGGACAAAAUGUGCAGACAGCUGUGAGUAGUGGUGCCCAGAACAUUGUACCCCAGGUAAAUCAUCUAACUUCAAUGCAGGCCACUGCUUCAUCGGCAUCAGUCAUGAAUCCCUCAAUCAGAGGGUCGUUUGUGAGUGGUGCUUCAGGGCAGCAAGGAAACUUUUUGAAUGCACAGCAACAGCAGCAGUUAAAUAGUAGGCAGUUUCUCCAGAACACUCCCAUGGCCAACCAACAAAACCCUCAUUCAAGGAUGCCCAAUCCAGUGCUCAACAGUAAUAUGAACCCUUCCAUGACAGACCAACUUACGCAAUUUGCAAACAAUGCUAUGCGCGGACAGUCUCCCCAACAUGGGAGACUACCAAGUAUAAUGCAAAGCUUUAUCCAGGACCGAGGUCAGAAUAUGGCACUUUCUAGUGGCCAGGCUGGGAACAUGUUACCAGGACAAGCCUCUCAGUUUGUAGGGCAUCCUCAGCAGUCACAACGUACGGCCAACCCAGAAAUCCUCCAGAGGUUGCAGAAUCCGCCCCAUUACAAUGCCAGUGCUGAGCAAAGGAAGUUUAUGGCAAACUCAUAUGGCCAGUCACCUCAGCAGGGUCCUAAUAUGCAGCAGGGCAACAACCAGAUGUUGAUUCCCAGGCGCCCUCCACCUCGUUAUGACGAGACACCACACCGCAACUCGAUGCCAUUCCAAGGAACUGUCAACCAAGGAAUGCCUCAACAGCUCGGUCAACAAGGAGGUAUGAUGACACACAUGGGAGGACAACCAAAUGUUCGCUCAAUCACUCCUGGUCCGAGUUUGCAAGGUCACCCAAACAACGGCAUGGCAGCUGGUGGAGCUAACCUUGCUCCACACUCAAGUAUGAUGCAGGGCAUGGCUCAGCAGCAGCCACAGCAACGGGGGUUGAUGAGUCGUCUGACCCCACAGCUUCGACGGCAGCAGAUGAUGCAGCAGAAUAUGCGUAACAUGCAGCAAUCUGCAGCUAUGGGUAACCAGAUGAACAUGGGCUCUGUUCCUCCUGGUGCUGUUAACAUGGGUCAGGCAGGUGUGGCACAGUACCAUCAAAGACACCUGCCUGGCCAGUGGCCAGCGAAUCAGCUUUUGCAGCAACGUAUGCAACAACAGACCAGCAACUUCCAAGGUAACAACAUGAUGCAGCAGUCAUACUCAACGCAAUCGCGCUUCCCUCAAAGAAACGUCAUGGACUCUGGCUCCAACAUGAGAACUUUCCAGAAUAUCACCUCUCAAGGAGGUAUGAGCAAUGCUACCAAUACAAACCCUUCCAUAAUGGCUCAGCAACAAUUCGUAGGUCAGCCACAACAGUCCCAACAACAGCAAGCUCAGCAACCAACACAACAGCAACAGCAGCAACCGCAACAGCAGCCUGUUCAAGGUAACCCCAUUGCAGCCAUGCAGAAUGGUUCCUCCGUUAGUGCAACAAACCAGACAUUUGGCAAUAAUGCCCAGCAAAUGCAAAUGGCUAUGAUACCAGAGAGCAACAACCAACAGCCGCAACAACAACAGCAACAGCAACAAUCCGGCAGCACCGAAAUGUUGGAAUUGCUUGACAACAUCAUUAAAAAUGAUGGAACUCCAAGAACAAAUAGUCAUGUGUGAGAAUUAGCAGGGGAAUCUGCAACGAUACCAAGAAUGUUUUGAAUAUGAUAGAUGUAUGUUUUUAAAUGAUAUUGUAAGAAAGAAAAAAAAUGUAUUUAUAUGAAAAUAUGCAUGUUUACGAUUUAGAUCUGUAGAUACCACACCUUAAGUGGAAGUUUUUAAAGUAAUAUAUGGUUCUCUGUCUCUGAGAUUGUAUGGGGAGGAGAGAUUCUUUUGUCAGUAUUGUCUUUUCUUUUCUUUUAUAUAAUUGUCUAGAACAAGUGGUGGUUAAAGGUCUUAUCUCUAGAUAGGUAUAUUUGUGUAAAGGGUUUUUAAAACAAGACUAUCAUGAAAUCUCAGGUUUGAAACUUCAGUGAAUUAUUAUAUCACUGAUAUUUAACUUCUCAGUGAUUCUUGUACAGAGAGGGACAUAGGGGUUCCUUUCAUAAUAAGUGCACACUCUUUUUGCUAGAAAACUGUUGCCUUUAACUUGAGUUUGGACUUCUCUUUUGAAGUGACUUUUUUUUUGGUAACGGACUAUACUUAAAGCUCUGACUGACCUGAACGUCUAAAAGAAGGUAUGGUGCAUUUUAGUAUCUUAUCCCUAGGAUUGGAUAUAAUUUUUUUUCUAUCUUGAAAGCAAUCAAUAUUCUAUUCCUGAAAGCAAAUAUUUUGUACAUGUGAUAAAAUAUGCAGAUGUAUAUACAGAAGAUGAAGUAGGUUCAGUGGUCACAAUUAUUUAUUAAUUAUUUUGUUAAUUUUGAUUUGUUCACAUAUUCAGAUCUAUUGCCUUAAUGUAAAGAAUACAGAAGUAAAGAAAUUUGACAAAAUUUAUGUGAUUGAAGAAUAUAGCAUUUUUAGAUCGGAAGAUAGAAAGGGUUUAGGACUGAAAAUUUAAAGUUUAGCGUACAUAUGGAAAUUUUUUUGCAAAUGUUAAGAUAGGUGGACUAGGGUUUGGAGAAGGUGUACAUGAUGGGACUUUAAUGUUUAAAGGGGAAUGAAACCUUUGGAACAAGUGGGAAUGUGUGGAAUCUGAAAAAUCAAAGAAUAGAUCAAAGAA